CAGUCCAAUAAUAAUAAUAAUAAUAAUAAUAAUAAUAAUAAUAAUAAUAAUAAUAAUAAUAAUAAUAAUAAUAAUAAUGCCUUGUUCAAUUAGCUUGACAUUUAUUUCACCAAAACUUUUGUAUCACCAAAAAGGACGACGUCCAUCAGUUUCAAUGAUGGCCAACUCAAUCUCGACAAGUUUGGUGGGUUUCAAGAAUUUGAUGGAGACGUACACACUUGACAUUCAUAGAGCAGAAGGGAGGAAAUUAAACGUGCCAUUGAUCGCCCCUUUUACGAUAGCUACUUCAAGGGUUGAAAGAGUGGAAAAUGUAGCGAUUCGAGUGGAGUUGAGUAAUGGGUGUUGUGGGUGGGGUGAGGCUCCUGUUUUGCCUUUUGUUACAGCCGAGGAUCAGGAUAUCGCGUUGACCAAAGCUGGGGAGGCUUGUGACUUUUUGAAAAAUUAUCAUGGAAUGAGUUUGGGUCAUGUGCUGACUGAAGUUGGUCAACUGCUUCCUGGUCAUCAUUUUGCUUCUGUUCGAGCAGGGGUUGAGAUGGCUGUGAUUGAUGCAGUUGCUACCAGUAUCGGCACACCGUUAUGGAGAUUCUUUGGUGGAGUUUCAAAUACAAUAACCACGGAUAUAACAAUACCAAUUGUUUCCCCAACCGAAGCUGGCCAGCUGGCUUUAAAGUAUUAUAAACAAGGAUUCAAGACUUUGAAGCUUAAGGUUGGAAAAGAUUUGAAUGCUGAUAUUGAAGUGCUUCAAGCUAUUCGCAUGGCCCACCCACAUUGUUUAUUUAUCUUAGAUGCUAAUGAGGGCUACACCUCCUCGGAAGCUAUUCAAGUACUGGAAAAAUUAAAUGAAAUGGAGGUCACCCCUAUUCUUUUUGAGCAGCCAGUUCAUAGAGAUGAUUGGGAAGGUCUAGGUCACGUUACUCGAGUUGCCAAGACUAAAUAUGGUGUUUCAGUUGCUGCUGAUGAAAGUUGCAGAAGUUUAGAUGAUGUCAAAAAAAUUGCGAAACGACAACUUGCAGAUGUUAUAAAUAUUAAACUAGCCAAAGUAGGUGUAUUAGGGGCUUUAGAAAUAAUUGAUUUUGCGAAAGUUUCAGGACUGGAUCUUAUGAUUGGUGGUAUGGUUGAAACUAGACUUGCAAUGGGCUUUGCUGGCCAUCUUGCUGCUGGUUUGGGGGCCUUCAAAUUUAUCGACCUAGAUACGCCACUUCUGCUUUCCGAAGAUCCAGUGCUUGAGGGUUAUGAAGUUUCCGGUCCAACUUACAAGUUCUCAAAUGCUAGAGGGCAUGGUGGUUUUCUUCACUGGGACAAUAUAGCUUGUCUCCGUUAGAGUUGUGCUGCUACCAUACAACGGUCUCCAUUGGAGUUGUGGUGCUGUGGUAAUGCCGAAUUUGGAUUUGUGCUAAUGGAGCUAUGCUGAAGAUUACAUCAACAUGAUAAUGUUUUUAUGGAUUUUUUAUGACUUUCCUGUUCUAGUUCUUUUGUCAAUGUCAUGAUCUGGUUUUGAAAAAUGUAUCCUGCAUCAUGGUAAGUGCAGACUCUGUUGACGUUAUUUGUAAAUUUUGUUGCA